GGCGUCCUCAGAUCAAAUGCACACACACAACAGGACUGACAGGAAGACAUGAGCAGCUUCUUCUCUCCAGAGGUUCCUCCACACAUGAAGGCGAACGUGUCUGUAAACUGACCUGAGGUCAGUUCAGCAGGUGUGGACUCUGCUAUGAAUCAGUGGGAGGACAGAGAGGAGGGACUCCCUCCCUCUAAAACCACUCUGUGUGGGGAACAUGACAGCCAGACCAAAGCUCAGAGACCUGACUCACCUGGACCUGGACCUGGACCUGGACCUGGAUCCAGUUGUGUAUCCAUUAACAGUGAAGAGUCUAUGGACUUUCCUCCUACUUUUAAAAGACAACCCCCUCCAGAGACUCAACCUGACUCUCCUGUACCUGGACCUGGACCUGGACCCAGCUGUGUGUCCAUGAAGAGUGACCAGUCUAUGAUAACCCCUUUAGCAUUCAAAGAUGGACUUCAGUCUUUUGGGGUCCAUCAGCAGAGAGCUGACUCUCCUGGACCUGGACCUGGACCUGGAACUAGACCUGGACCUGGACCCAGCUGUGUGUCCAUGAAGAGUGACCAGUCUAUGAUAACCCCUUUAACAUUCAAAGAUGGACUUCAGUCUUUUGGGGUCCAUCAGCAGAGAGCUGACUCUCCUGGACCUGGACCUGGAACUAGACCUGGACCUGGACCUGGACCCAGCUGUGUGUCCAUGAAGAGUGACCAGUCUAUGAGAAGCCCUUUAACAUUCAAAGAUGGACUUCAGUCUGUUAAACUAAGAGUUCAGCAACAGAGAUCCCAAGUGAUCCCAAGAGACCUGGACCCCAUAUUUAAGCUGCUUGAGAAGAACAUUGUCAGCUUUAUGAAGAGCGAGCUGAAGAAGAUGCAAAAGGUCCUCAGUCCAGAUUACCCAGAAGGCUCUGCGGGUCAGAAGGAAGAUGAGGAGGUGUUGGACGGUGAGGAUGAAGAGCAGAUGAGGAGCAGCGGGGAAGCAUUUCUGAAGAUCACACUAAACCUCUUGAGAAGAAUGAAGCAGGAGGAGCUGGCUGACUGUCUGCAGAGCAAAACUAGUGCUGCAGUGUGCCAACAUGAACUCAAGUCUAACCUGAAGAAGAAGUUCCAGUGUGUGUUUGAGGGGAUCCCUAAAGCAGGGAACCCAACCCUCCUGAACCAGAUCUACACAGAGCUCUACAUCACAGAGGGAGGGACUGCAGAGGUCAAUGAGGAGCACGAGGUCAGACAGAUUGAAACAGCAUCCAGGAAACCACACAGACCAGAAACACCCAUCAGACAAGAAGACCUCUUCAAAGCCUCGUCUGGAAGAGAGGAACCAAUCAGAACAGUGAUGACAAAGGGAGUGGCUGGGGUUGGGAAAACAGUCCUAACACAGAAGUUCACUCUGGACUGGGCUGAAGACAAAGCCAACCAGGAAAUCCAGUUCAUGUUUCCAUUCACGUUCAGAGAGCUGAAUGUGCUGAAAGAGAAGCAGUUCAGCUUGGUGGAACUAGUUCAUCACUUCUUCACUGAAACCAGAGAAGCAGCAAUCUGCAGGUUUGAAGAGUUCCCGGUUGUGUUCAUCUUUGACGGUCUGGAUGAGUGUCGACUUCCUCUGGACUUCCACAACAAUGAGGUCCUGACUGAUGUCACAGAAUCCACCUCAGUGGAUGUGCUGCUGACAAACCUCUUCAGGGGGAAACUGCUUCCCUCUGCUCGCCUCUGGAUAACCACACGACCUGCAGCAGCCAAUCAGAUCCCUCCUGACUGUGUUGGCUUGGUGACAGAGGUCAGAGGGUUCACUGACCCACAGAAGGAGGACUACUUCAGGAAGAGGUUCAGAGAUGAGGAGCAGGCCAGCAGGAUCAUCUCCCACAUCAAGACCUCCCGUAGCCUCCACAUCAUGUGCCACAUCCCAGUCUUCUGCUGGAUCACUGCUACAGUUCUGGAGGACGUGUUGAAGACCACAGAGGGAGGAGAGCUACCCAAGACCCUGACUGAGAUGUACAUCCACUUCCUGGUGGUUCAGUCCAAAGUGAAGAAGGUCAAGUAUGAUGGAGGAGCUGAGACGGAUCCACACUGGAGUCCAGAGAGCAGGAAGAUGACCGAGUCUCUGGGAAAACUGGCUUUUGAUCAGCUGCAGAAAGGGAACCUGAUCUUCUAUGAAUCCGAGCUGACAGAGUGUGGCAUCGAUAUCCGAGCAGCCUCAGUGUACUCAGGAGUGUUCACACAGAUCUUCAGAGAGGAGAGAGGACUGUACCAGGCCCAGGUGUUCUGCUUCGUCCAUCUGAGUGUUCAGGAGUUUCUGGCUGCUCUUCAUGUCCAUCUGACCUUCAGCAACUCUGGUGUCAACCUGAUGGCAGAAAAACAACCAAGACCUAAAGGCCUUGGUUGGCCUAAAGUAUUGAGAGCAGAACCUAAACUAAAACAUCUCUACCAGAGUGCUGUGGACAAGGCCUUACAGAGUCCAAAUGGACACCUGGACUUGUUCCUCCGCUUCCUCCUGGGUCUUUCCCUGGAGACCAAUCAGACUCUCCUACGAGGUCUGCUGACACAGACAGGAAGUAGCUCACUGACCAAUCAGGGAACAGUCCAGUACAUCAAGAAGAAGAUCAGUGAGAAUGUUUCUCCAGAGAAAAGCAUCAAUCUGUUCCACUGUCUGAAUGAACUGAAUGAUGGUUCUCUGGUGGAGGAGAUCCAACAGUCCCUGAGAUCAGGACGUCUCUCCAUAGAUAAACUGUCUCUUGCUCAGUGGUCAGCUCUGGUCUUCAUCUUACUGUCAUCAGAAAAAGAUCUGGAGGUGUUUGACCUGAAGAAAUACUCUGAUUCAGAGGAGGCUCUUCUGAGGCUGCUGCCGGUGGUCAAAGCCUCCAACAAAGCUGUGCUGAGUGGCUGUAACCUCUCAAAGAGAAGCUGUGGAGCUCUGUCCUCAGUCCUCAGCUCCCAGUCCUCUAGUCUGAAAGACCUGGACCUGAGUCACAACAAGCUGCAGGAUUCAGGAGUGAAGCUUCUCUCUGCUGGACUGGAGAGUCCACACUGUGCACUUGAACAUCUCAGUCUGUCAGACUGUCAGAUCUCAAAGGAAGGCUGUUCUUCUCUGGGAUCAGCUCUGAAGUCAAACCCCUCCAGUCUGAGAAAACUGGAUCUGAGUGUAAACCAGCUGCAGGAUUUAGGAGUGAAGCUGCUGAGUGGUUUUCUGGAGAGUCCACAUUGUAGUCUGGAGACUCUGAGUCUGUCACGCUGUCAGAUCUCAAAGGAAGGCUGUUCUUCUCUGGGAUCAGCUCUGAAGUCAAACCCCUCCAGUCUGAGAAAACUGGAUCUGAAUGGAAACCAGCUGCAGGAUUCAGGAGUGAAGCUGCUGAGUGGUUUUCUGGAGAGUCCACAUUGUAGUCUGGAGACUCUGAGUCUGUCACGCUGUCAGAUCUCAAAGGAAGGCUGUUCUUCUCUGGGAUCAGCUCUGAAGUCAAACCCCUCCAGUCUGAGAAAACUGGAUCUGAGUGGAAACCAGCUGCAGGAUUCAGGAGUGAAGCUGCUGAGUGGUUUUCUGGAGAGUCCACAUUGUAGUCUGGAGACUCUGAGUCUGUCAGACUGUAAGAUCUCAGAUGAAGGCUGUUCUUCUCUGGGAUCAGCUCUGAAGUCAAACCCCUCCAGUCUGAGAGAACUGGAUCUGAGUGGAAACCAGCUGCAGGAUUUAGGAGUGAAGCUGCUGAGUGGUUUUCUGGAGAGUCCACAUUGUAGUCUGGAGACUCUGAGUCUGUCAUGGUGUAAGAUCUCAAAGGAAGGCUGUUCUUCUCUGGGAUCAGCUCUGAAGUCAAACCCCUCCAGUCUGAGAAAACUGGAUCUGAAUGGAAACCAGCUGCAGGAUUCAGGAAAGGAAGGCUGUUCUUCUCUGGGAUCAGCUCUGAAGUCAAACCCCUCCAGUCUGAGAAAACUGGAUCUGAAUGGAAACCAGCUGCAGGAUUCAGGAGUGAAGCUGCUGAGUGGUUUUCUGGAGAGUCCACAUUGUAGUCUGGAGACUCUGAGUCUGUCAGACUGUAAGAUCUCAGAUGAAGGCUGUUCUUCUCUGGGAUCAGCUCUGAAGUCAAACCCCUCCAGUCUGAGAGAACUGGAUCUGAGUGGAAACCAGCUGCAGGAUUUAGGAGUGAAGCUGCUGAGUGGUUUUCUGGAGAGUCCACAUUGUAGUCUGGAGACUCUGAGUCUGUCAUGGUGUAAGAUCUCAGAUGAAGGCUGUUCUUCUCUGGGAUCAGCUCUGAAGUCAAACCCCUCCAGUCUGAGAGAACUGGAUCUGAAUGGAAACCAGCUGCAGGAUUUAGGAAAGGAAGGCUGUUCUUCUCUGGGAUCAGCUCUGAAGUCAAACCCCUCCAGUCUGAGAAAACUGGAUCUGAGUGGAAACCAGCUGCAGGAUUCAGGAGUGAAGCUGCUGAGUGGUUUUCUGGAGAGUCCACAUUGUAGUCUGGAGACUCUGAGUCUGUCAUGGUGUAAGAUCUCAGAUGAAGGCUGUUCUUCUCUGGGAUCAGCUCUGAAGUCAAACCCCUCCAGUCUGAGAAAACUGGAUCUGAAUGGAAACCAGCUGCAGGAUUUAGGAGUGAAGCUGCUGAGUGGUUUUCUGGAGAGUCCACAUUGUAGUCUGGAGACUCUGAGUCUGUCAUGGUGUCAGAUCUCAAAGGAAGGCUGUUCUUCUCUGGGAUCAGCUCUGAAGUCAAACCCCUCCAGUCUGAGAAAACUGGAUCUGAGUGGAAACCAGCUGCAGGAUUCAGGA